AUGAGCCGUUCUGAUAUGAACUACUACUAUAGUACCCAACAGUGGGACAAGUAUGAGGAAGAAAAGAGACGCGUUGAAGAGAAGGAGAGAGAAGAAAGAGAAGAGGAAGAUCGCAAGAGACGUGAAAGAAAUAGCAGCAGCAGCUACGGUGGUAGCAGCAGCAAUAGUGGAAGCUCUAGCAAUGGUGAUUGCCGUGUUUCAUGA